AUGGGGUGCCCACUCCAUUCGCUUAGAGCCUUGAAAUUGGUGGGCACCAGAAUCGCGGCGCGGGUUUCAUCCCCGUUAUUGCAUCGCUCGUUUGCCGCCCUGUCGCCAUCGGCGCGUGCGUCGUCACAGUCGUGGGACGGGCUGAGCCAACCCACAGGCGAGUGGCAGAGCACGCUGAAAGCACCGGUGACGGUGUCGGGCGUGGGGCUGCAUCUGGGCCUUCCCACCACCGUCACGCUGCUGCCCGCCCCUGCUGCCUCGGGACGGGUGUUCCACGUGGUGCAUGGGGGGGAUGGCGGAGGGGGGGAGGGGGAUGGCGGAGGCGGGGGAGAGGGAGGCAGGGUUGCAGGAGCAGGAAGGAAAGGGGGAGUGGUGGAGAUUGAUGCAGAUGUGUGGAGUGUGGUGGACACGCGCCUCUCCACUGUGCUGGCUGCUGCUGCUGCUGCUCCGUCCGGCUCCCCCUCCUCUCACGAGGAGUCGCCAGCGGGUGGGGGAAGUGAGCACGGUGAAGUGCGGUUGGGAACGGUGGAGCAUUUGCUGUCGGCUUUGGAGGGAUUUGGUGUGGACAACUGCGUGAUUCGCGUGGAGGGCGCCGGCGAGGUGAGAUGA